AUGACCAUUGCCCUCUUCCUCCAGGCGAUUGCCUUCUACGUGCCCCACUAUAUUUGGGGACAAUUUGAAGGAGGGCUAGUGGAGAAUCUCGUUUCCGGUCUGGAGCAGCCCAUUGUCGAUCCGGAGCUGAGAACGGCAAAGCUGCACCAGCUGACGGCUUUCUUUGAGCGCACUCGCAAAUUGGCCAACAGUAAAGGAAUAGGAAGGGGAGUUGACUCACAUGGGCGACUUUUCGCCGGCCAUCUCCUCUCCGAGGUGCUCAAUCUUCUGAACGUACUGGGGCAGAUUGUCUUUCUGGAUCGUUUUUUGGGUGGGCAGUUCUUUGGCUACGGUUGGCGGGUGGUCACCUCCCAGCAGUGGAAGUUGCCCUUUUCCUCUUCUGCUUUGAGCGACCCAAUGCUAGAGGUCUUUCCGAGUGUGGCCAAGUGCGCCAUGGACAGUCUAGAUCAGAACAAUACCUCAUCUCACACAGUCUGUUUACUGGCAGAGAACAUCCUUGCCGAGAAAAUGUACCUUUUUCUCUGGUUCUGGUUGUACGCCCUCCUCCUAGCCACCGUCUGUUCACUGGCCUUCAGCACCGCCUUUCUUCUUCGUCCUUCAGCUCGAAGCACCUUCAUCCGUCAUCACUGUCGCCUUCUGUCCAGGCAUUGUCUCGAUGAGGUGCUUUUUGGUGCAGGUGAUGGCAAUCACAGCAGAAGUUCAUCUCUCAAUGAAGCCUUUCUGCUGUACCUGCUGGCAAAAAACCUUUCGCCGAUUCACUGUCUCGACUUGGUGGCCAGUCUGCAGAAGUUGUCGGUGGACGACUGCACUGGCAGUAAACAUCAGCUGCACCAGCAACAGCAGCAGCAGUUUUACUUUCCCGCCAAUGUCGAAGAAGAGUGCGAGAAGAUCAUCACUAUUAAUAGCGAAUAA